CCGCCGGCGGCGCGUGCUCAGACCACGCCCUCCGUGUCUGGCCACGCCCCCUGGAGGCGGGGCCUGUGCCUGGGGCUGUGGGCGCCGGUGCCCUUACGCCCCCGCGAUGGCGGCGUGGGUGCUGCUGGCGCUGGCUCCGGUGGCGGCAGGGGCGAUGUUUGGCUUCGCGUCCUACUAUGGUGACCACAUGGUGUUGCAGAAGGAGCCGGCGGGAGCCGUGGUGUGGGGCUACGGGGAGCUGGGGGCCAUGGUGACCGUGGUGCUCUCUGGGGCCGGUGGCCUCAUUGUCAUGAAGAAGACAGCACAAGUGAAAGAACCUUCUGGGACGUGGACAAUUGUCCUGGACCCUAUGGAUCGGGGCGGUCCCUACGUGCUGAUGGCUGGGCAGGGCUUGGAGAACGUGACGCUGCAGGACGUCUACUUUGGGGACGUGUGGCUUUGCAGCGGGCAGAGCAACAUGGCAAUGACAGUCCUGCAGGUUGCCAACGCCAGCUCCGAGCUCGCCGCCACCGCUCGCUACCCCUACGUCCGCGUCUUCGCCGCAGCGCCCGCCCGCUCCGAUGUAGAGCUGGAGGACCUGGAGCGAAUUGACUUGCCGUGGUCCAUCCCAACGGCCGAAAACCUGGGCCAUGGGAAUUUCACCUACUUCUCGGCCGUCUGCUGGCUGUUGGGGCGCUACCUCUACGAGGCUCUGCAGUACCCCAUCGGGCUGGUGGAGGCAGCCUGGGGGGGCACCCCCAUCGAGGCCUGGUCCUCCCAAAGGGCUCUGCAGGCUUGUGGGCUCCUAGAGGACACGGGGAGUCUCUCCCCACACCAGCAUCUCUCUGGCCCGCAAACGCCCUCCGUGCUCUGGAAUGCCAUGAUCCACCCGCUGCUCAACAUGACGCUGCGGGGUGUCGCUUGGUACCAGGGCGAGGCCAACGCCUUCCUGCACACGGACUGGUACAACUGCACCUUCCCCGCGCUCAUCGCCGACUGGCGCCGGGCUUUCCACGCCGGCUCGGCCGGGCAGACGGAGCCACUGCUGCCAUUUGGCUUCGUACAGUUGUCCACCUACCGCCGGCAGAGCCCAGAUGACAGCUUCGCCCGGCUCCGCUGGCACCAAACCGCCGAUCUGGGGGUUGUCCCCAACGCCAGGAUGCCAGGCAGCUUCAUGGCCGUGGCCAUGGAUCUGUGCGAUGAGCACUCCCCCUACGGCAGCAUCCACCCCCGGGACAAGCAGAAUGUGGCCCACCGGCUGCAGCUGGGCGCCAGAGCGGUGGCAUAUGGGGAGAAAGACGUGGUUUUCCAGGGGCCGUACCCUACGCGGGCCGUCCUGGAGGUGACCAGGGGGCUGCUGAACAUCACCUACAGCCAGGAGCUCACCUGCCGUCGGAGGGACACGCGGGCGUUUGAGGUCUGCUGCUCCAGCAAGCUGGCCCCGUGCGGGUGGCUGCCGGCACCCAUGGUGGCCGUGGGGUCCCGCACGGUGACGCUGGCCCUGGGCGGCUGCAGGACGCUGGUGCUGGCCUUGCGCUACGCCUGGGCCGAGUGGCCCUGCGAGUACGAGUCCUGCGCCCUCUACAACACCCGGGGUCUGCCCGCACCCCCCUUCCUCCUGGACGCCCUGCCCGCAGGGGAGACAGCCGGAGGGACCGAGCUGCUGCUCCUCCCCAGCUCCCGGUUGUCCCAGGGGAUUUAGGUGAGGGGACAGUGGAGGGAGCUCAGAAGGGCUCAGGGCUGCUGGCACCGUGCCUUUCCAAUUCGAGGAGGCAGCUGGCUUGAUGACUGUGUUACUAAUUAAACAACUUUCCACCUCCUCUUUGGCCUGAAGAUAAGGCUGUGGGGUGUGGGGGGGCAGCAACAAAAUAAAUUUAAUUAUUUUCAAAAAUUACGUUAAGACAAGCAGCAGGACAUGCUGAUGGGAGUUGAAGCCCUCACUGCUGCCCCACCUUGCUCUCGGAGCUGGCCCUGGGCCCCCCCGGGACACCCCACCUCUGCUCACAGGACCCAGGGACCAGCCGUGCUCUGCAGGGUGGAGAGGGGGAGAGAGGAGCUCAGCCAAAAAAAAAAACCAUAACCCAACGCUAACGGUGGGACUGGGACAGGGAGCUGCAGGGGGUGUGUUGCUUUGUAGCAGUAGCGAGUGCCUUCCACUUCCCUGCGUUAAUAAAUAGUUAAUAAACCACCUCAA